CUGGGCGGAUCGCAGAGACGCACGGGCGACGCAAGACGCUUUUGAGGGCGGAGCCUAUUAGUGGUCUACUACUACGGAGUCAUGCUUUUUCACUCCAGUCCAGCAAUAUGGAAAACACAUGUGGCUGUGUGGAGAGCAUGGAGGACACUGAUGACAAGCCUGCCGUCAUCUGCAUUUAGAACAUCUUCUGGUUUCUGCGGUUCAUCGGAUCCAUCCGAAGAAGCCUCCUCUGUUUCUGCUGAUAAAGCGCCUCACACACCUGUCAUGCUGAAAGAGGUGCUCCAUUACUUAGACAUCCAACCAGCUCAGGUGGUCCUGGACAUGACAUUUGGAGGUGGUGGUCAUACCAGAGCAAUACUGAAGACGGCUCCCGAAGUCACAGUCCUGGCCUUGGACCGAGAUCCCACGGCGUUUUCUCUGGCCCAGCACUUAGCCAAGGAGCACCCCGGUCGUGUGAAACCGCUGCUCGGCCGGUUCAGCGAGCUCGAGACCCUGCUGUCUAACGUGAACAUUAAGCCAGGCAGCAUUGAUGCCAUCCUGUUGGAUGCUGGAUGUUCCUCCAUGCAGAUGGAUCAGGCGGAGAGAGGCUUCUCCCUCAGCAAGGAUGGGCCCUUGGAUAUGAGGAUGGAUGGGGAGAGGUACCCUGACAUGCCCUGCGCUGCUGACGUUGUGAAUACCUUAGAUCAACAAGCUCUUGCAUCUAUCCUCACCGCAUACGGGGAAGAAAGGCACGCCAGGAAAAUAGCUUCAGCCAUCGUGGAGGCACGCCGUGUCAGCCCCAUCACUCGGACACAGCAGCUGGCCGCCGUGGUCGCAGGAGCGUUUCCUGCCUUUGUCCUCUACGCACGAAAAGACCGUCUUCAACGACCGGCACACGUAGCAACCAAAACCUUCCAAGCCCUUCGUAUCUUUGUGAACGACGAGCUGAACGAACUACACGCCGGCCUGAACGUGGCUCAGGCUGCGCUGAAGCCCGGCGGACGUCUCUGUGUGAUCACAUUUCAUUCAUUAGAGGACAGACUGGUCAAACGGUUCCUGCGGGGGGAGGACCUGUCUAAUCUGGAUCAGUACCACUUCAGCCCAAAGAAACAGGGUAGCAGGAAGGAACGUGUGGUGGACGAGGAACGAGAUUGUAAAAGUGCCUGCUGGUUUCCUGUGCGGAGGAAAGUGAUCACCCCUGGAAAAAAUGAUGUUCUAGAAAAUCCUCGAGGACGCUCCGCCAAACUCAGAAUAGCUCUUCGAUGCUAACUGUCCAAUGUUCAUUUUUGCAGAUGAGACAUUCUGUUUUUAGACAGAACUUUAUUGUAAAUGAACACUUCAACACACCAAUAUUGCCUUUAAGCCGUACCACCAUGGUCUCUGAGUUUCCCAUGGCAUUAAAGUUAGUGGCUCAUGUUUACUGACUAGUGAUAAUCAAAUUGGCAAAUCUAAGGACUCAGAUUUCUGGCUAUUGUACCUUUUCAUCAAUAAAAGAAGGAUUGAUUCCUUAUGACACAAUGAGCCACAAAGGGUUUCUGCUGUGCCACACUCAGUAAAAAAAAAAAGAAUAAAAAAUACAGACUUUAAUGACAUUUUAUUUAUUUAACCCAAACCAUAACGUAACCUCUGCUGUGUUUUACAGAAGAUGAAGGGAUUGGUUUAUUUUAAUUAUCCUCUAAACUUAUCCCUAAAGAUCAUGAUGUUCUAGGAGACUUAAAACCUGGACCUUGGAUCACAUUAUGUUAAGACAUCAUCAAAUUAUUGUUUGCUUAUCAAACCUUGAAGGAAUGUUUUGUGUAGUUUCAGUCAAAAGCAUGUCUGAUCAGCUGAUUCCCAGCUACAGACACAUCAGAAUUUAGCUCAAUAUUUGCAACAACGACUGAGUUGUUGCCAUUUGUGUGUUUGCUAAUGUGGAUGAUAACGACCAUGUUGAAUUGCAUCGACUUCAAAAGGGAAUCAGUUGUAGAUGAAAAUCCAGUUAUCUUUCAGUUGGUAACAGGUUAAUUAACCCAACUGGUUCAAUUAGAUGCUUCUCAUUUCUUAAACAAACGUGUGGAAAGACACAUCAGGUGGUUGUGGAAAAGAUGUUCAUCUGUUUGAGAAAGGUCAGAUCAUUGGUGCAUCAAGCAGAGAAAACAUCUAAGGAGAUGCAUAAACGACCAAAACUAGGUUAACAACUCUCCAACAUUAUUAAAAACUGGUCUGGUCCAGAUGGACCCUGCUCCAGAGUGAUGGUGCAUCAGGGUAAGAAGAGAGGCAGAUGAAGUGAUGCACCCAUCAUGCCUAGUGCCUACUGUACAAGCCUGUGGGGGCAGUGCUAUGAUCUGGGUUUGCUUUAAUUGGUCAGGCCUAGGUUCAGCAACAGGAUGAGCUCUUAGAAUGAAGUCAGCUGACUACCUGAAUAUACUGAAUGACCAGGUUAUUCCAUCUUCCCUGAUGGCACAGGCAUAUUCCAAGAUGACAAUGCCAGGAUACAUCAGGCUCAGAGUGGUUCAGGGAGCAUGAGACAUUAUUUUCACACAUGGAUUGGUCACCACAGAGUGCAGACCUUAACCCCAUUGAGAAUCUUUGGGAUGUGCUGGAGAAGGCUUAGUGCAGCGGUCAGACUGUACCAUGAUCAAUGCAAGAUCUUGGUGAAACCUCAAUGCAACACUGGAUGGAAAUAAAUCUGGUGACGUGGCAGAAGCUUAUCGAAGCAACGCCACAAUGAAUGUGUGCCGUAAUCACGGUCAGAUUAACACUUUUUUGUACCCUGGGCAACAAUAUUCAAGGGCCCCAUCAUCACCACCCGAGGAUCACCAUAAUAUGGUCACAUACAGAAUAUAUUACUGUAAUAUGCAGUAAAUAUACUCAACACUUGAAUGCCUGACAUCACGUAACCCGCUCAGGGUAACCUUUGACCCACCUUGUGUGGACUGACCAAUGAGGAGAGGGUCUUAACUUGAGGCCCUCUCUUCAUUGGUCAGUCUGCAUGAGACUGACUCUCAACUGAAGUUCAAAGUCGUAGGCAGCGAAGCGUCUCUGUGCAGCGCAAAAGCCCGGGUGGACAGUUUGUUUAAUGUAGGGUGAUCAUAUUUCCAUUUCCAAACAAGAGGACGGGAUCUGUGCCUGUGACAUCACACUAUGGCAACACCACACAAACCACGUUGGGACCCAUUUUUUGUAAGAAGUAAAUUAAUAUCAGAUUCUGUCAAUAAAAGGGCUCUAAAACAAUUCAUAUGUAAAUAUUUUGCAUAUUUAUUGCUAAAUCUCAUUUUUCUGCUUCAGUGUGUCACUCCCCGUCCUGUCUCCCCUUAUGGUUUAGUCAUGUGUCUCUGUUGAUUGCUCCCACCUGCCUCUCAUUUUCCAAUCACCCAAGUUCCCAACCCUCUUGUAUUUAAACCCCUUCAGUUCUUUGUCUCGUGUUGGAUCAUUUUUUCUGUGUCAGCGUAUUCAAGAAUAAAACCUUUAAACCGUU